CAGCCAUUUCCGGUUUCGGGGAGGUGGGUGGGGUGCGGAACGGGACUUGGAGCCGCCGCCGCCGCCGCCUUGGCCGCUGCUUACAGAGAGCCUCCCUUGCGCCUGGUGCUGCCGGGACCAUGCGGCCGGGACCCGGAGGCUGCUGCUGCCGUCGCCCGGUGGGGGCGAACGGCUGCGUGGCGAACGGGGAAAUGCGGAACGGGUACGUGAGGAGCAGCGCCGCAGCCGCCGCCGGCCAGAUCCAUCAUGUUACACAAAAUGGAGGACUAUAUAAAAGACCAUUUAAUGAAGCUUUUGAAGAAACGCCAAUGCUGGUUGCUGUGCUUACUUAUGUGGGGUAUGGUGUACUCACCCUCUUUGGAUAUCUUCGAGAUUUCUUAAGGCAUUGGAGAAUUGAAAAGUGUCAUCAUGCAACAGAAAGAGAAGAACAAAAGGACUUUGUGUCAUUGUAUCAGGAUUUCGAAAACUUCUAUACAAGGAACCUGUAUAUGAGGAUUAGAGACAACUGGAAUCGACCCAUCUGUAGUGUGCCUGGAGCCAGGGUGGACAUCAUGGAGAGACAGUCUCAUGAUUACAACUGGUCGUUCAAGUACACAGGGAAUACAAUUAAAGAUGUUAUAAAUAUGGGUUCCUACAACUAUCUUGGAUUUGCACGGAAUACUGGAUCAUGUCAGGAAGCAGCUGCCAGAGUCCUCGAGAAAUAUGGAGUUGGUGUGUGCAGCACUCGGCAGGAAAUGGGAAACCUGGACAAGCAUGAAGAACUAGAGAAGCUUGUGGCAACUUUCUUGGGAGUUGAAGCUGCUAUGGCCUAUGGCAUGGGAUUUGCAACAAAUUCGAUGAACAUUCCUGCUCUUGUUAGCAAAGGCUGCCUGAUUCUGAGUGAUGAACUGAACCAUGCCUCCCUGGUUCUGGGAGCCAGACUCUCAGGAGCAACCAUUCGAGUUUUCAAACACAACAAUAUGCAAAGCCUUGAGAAGCUAUUGAAAGAUGCCAUUGUUUAUGGUCAGCCUCGGACACGAAGGCCCUGGAAGAAGAUUCUAAUCCUUGUGGAGGGAAUAUAUAGCAUGGAGGGAUCUAUUGUCCGCCUUCCGGAAGUGAUUGCCCUUAAGAAGAAAUACAAGGCCUACUUGUAUCUGGAUGAAGCUCACAGCAUUGGGGCUCUGGGCCCUACAGGCCGGGGUGUGGUGGAUUACUUUGGCCUGGACCCCGAGGAUGUGGACGUUAUGAUGGGAACAUUCACCAAGAGCUUUGGUGCUUCUGGAGGGUACAUUGGCGGCAAGAAGGAGCUGAUAGACUACCUGCGAACACAUUCUCACAGUGCCGUGUACGCCACGUCACUUUCGCCACCUGUUGUGGAGCAGAUCAUCACCGCCAUGCAGUGUAUCAUGGGGAAGGACGGCACCACUCUCGGCAAAGAGUGUAUACAGCAGUUAGCUGAAAACACCAGGUAUUUCAGGAGACGUCUGAAAGAGAUGGGCUUCAUUAUCUAUGGAAAUGAAGAUUCUCCAGUGGUGCCUUUGAUGCUCUACAUGCCAGCCAAAAUCGGCGCCUUUGGACGGGAGAUGCUGAAGCGGGACGUCGGCGUAGUUGUGGUGGGGUUUCCCGCUACCCCGAUUAUCGAGUCCAGAGCCAGGUUUUGCCUGUCGGCAGCUCAUACCAAAGAAAUUCUUGAUACUGCUUUAAAGGAGAUAGAUGAAGUUGGGGACCUGUUACAGCUGAAGUAUUCCCGUCAUCGGUUGGUACCUCUACUGGACAGGCCCUUUGACGAGACUACGUAUGAAGAAACAGAAGACUGAGCCUUUUUGGUGCUCCCUCAGAGGAACUCUCCCUCGCCCAGGACAGUGUGUGGUCUUUCUGAGCCAGUUCCAGGAACCGCACUUGAGUGGCCAUCUCAUGUGAAAGACAUUUCCUCAACUAUUGAUGGUGGCCACCUCCACUCUAAAUGGCAUUUUGUAAAUAGUAAAAAACUGCUUUACGUCUUUUCUUUGCUACAUUUCACCUUUUUUAAAGAAAGGUGACUCACUUUGCUUUUUUGUCCAUUAAAAAAAUGUUUUAUUUUAUAACUAUUCUACUUGUGAAAUCACGGUGACCCGAGCCUGUUGGGUAACCACACAGGCCAUUGCCCUCCCCCAGCCGCGGGCCCAUCCAAAGCCCCUGCUGGCCCCGGCACUACAGCCUCAAGACUCACCUGCCCACCUCCCUAGGGAGCAAGUGCCUUCCACUUACUUCCGCUCCAGAUCUCAGAGGUUGCAACCUUGGAAUCCUUAUUUAACCAGUCAAGGAAUCAACCAAAGUUCUCUCUUUAGUCUUAAGUUUAGCCUUGUAAGGACUACAGUAAAUGCGAACACUGCUGAAUUUCCCCUUGCUGUGUGACUCCCUCUGCUCAGGACUCUCCCAAGGCUUGGGCUUGUUCCAUUUCGUUCUGGUCACCAGACGAUUCCUUCCUUCACCAUCAACUGUUUCUUCAUGCUGGUCACCAUCUGAGGGGGGAUCCGGUUUCUGGUUCUUCCCAAGCCCUAACCUAAUACUCCUGCCCCAUGUUCAGAGCACUUCUGUUGUUUUACAAGCACCCACGGCCCGCCCCGGUCAGCCCUCCAUGGUGAAGUGACUCAAACCCCAAUGGUCUGAGCACACAUCUGCUGUCUAGAGCAGCGUGCACCCUCGCUGGCGUGAGGGGCAGGGGCGGCGCGGGAGGAUUGAUCACUACUCCCAGAAUGUCUGUGGUUUGCUUCUUACUGCUUUUACUUUUCAAAACGAUGACCGCCUCUGCCUGCGUCUGGGUCCAGAUUAGGAUUUAAACUGAUAAAGGAAGACCACAGUAAAUCCUCUGCUCAGAAAUCAUUUGUCGUGUUCCUAUUUUAGGAUUAAGGUUAUUAAUUUACCCUUUGUAGAAGCUGACCAUGUACAUAUUAGUCUUCUGAGCGCUAGUUCUCUUUAUUGUUGACGUCCUAAGACAAUUCUAACCUGACAUCUGGGACUUAGUGGCUCCCUGGCCUUCCGUUAUCUUUUAUUUUUUUUGUAAGAAAUUUUGAACACACAUUUCUUGGCUAAACUGGGAUCCUGUAUUUUGACUUUGUUUUCAUACCAGGUAAGGGGACUUCUUUCAGAGAGCUUUAUACUGCUUGACCAAAGAACAAAUCUGAAAAUCACCGUGUUUAGAGUUCUUUUGUUUUCUGUUGACCAAAGUGAAAAGAACUUUUGACUGUUAAUAUUCAAGAUCAGCUUGUCUUUUAGUAGCCAUCAGGUAUUACAGGGCAGGGCUGGGAACAGAAUGGAAAAGAAUUGUGUGAAAGUAGUUUUGCAUGUCUCUCUGUUUGAAAUCACUCCUUUUAUUGGUAAGAAUUCUCAGUCCAGAUUCUCGUGGGUUUGGGCCCAUCUUGUCAUCGGCUGUGGUUAUGUUGGUACAGAUACAUGUAGUGGAGGAUGCAAGCAUUGUUGUUGGUAAAGUUUUGUUGUCAUGUCUCAAGUUACCUUUGGUCACGCUGUCAGCAGCUGAGAGCCUUAAGCCCUUGAAAUAUUCCAAGGUUUCAUUUAAAGAACCAAAUUGAUAUGCAGGGACUACAUUUAGCAUGGACAAGUUGCAUUAAGGAAGAAAUUGUGGUCACUACUCCUGUAAAAUGAAGGCCAUUGCUAACCUUCCUUGCACACCGAGUUCCUCACCAUAGAACCCCAUUUGGAUGCCAGGGAGUUUUUACACUGCAGUUACUCCUUAAUGGCGUAGGGUUUGCAAAAGUCACAAACUUUAAGCAAUGAACUUAACCACUAGCCUUUUUAUUUUGGCUUGCAUGACAUCAUUGCAAUAUAAAAUACCAGUUAGUAUUUUUUUAAAAUAUAGUAUCACUUUGCUAGCGCAAAGUUAUUUCAGGAUAAAUGUAGCUAAAUUACAAGUUUAUUUUGAAGAGACAAAACUCCUGUGAUCUAUCCAGGACCUCUAUUUUCUAGAGGACAAAGCAUAACAUGCUGGUUGUCUGUCUUAAAACUGUAAUAUAAAUCUAGGAUCCAGUCAUAUCACAAGUAUUAUUUCUUUAAGCACUUAGGGAAAUACAAGUGUAUAUAAACACAGUCCUUGGUAAUGAGUGGAAAUCGCGACUAUAUAAGUAUAGUUGCAUACGUGGUUUGACACAGCCUGAUUGAAGAAUUGAAUGGGAUUCAGAGAGGUAUCAGCUAACGUUUACUACCGAAGCUGAUAACCAGAGUCAGUCAGUAGAGGUGUGACUAAUUCUUACCCCUUCUCAUCCCUCUGUUUAGCACUGCCUUUUUCCAUUGCAGGUUUAUAAGACCUUUUUCUGCAGAUCACAUCAGAAAUCAAGAAAUUUAUAACUUGGGGACAUCAAAAUCACACCCACAGAAUGGAGCAAGUGGCAGUCGCAGGUUAUCCUCCCCCCUUUGUUUUGAAAACUUGACCCUAGAGUAUGGUAUACCUUCUAGAGCAAGUAAAUAUUUAAAUAAAAUGUUCAGGGGCUUUGGAGCACUUUAACUUCUUACUUUGGAAAUUUCCUUCUCUUUAAAAAGCAUUCUAGCCUCCAGAACCCCAAAGUACUGCUUGCUUGUUUGAACAACUCUGAAUCUUCGUCCUUGAUUCACUUUCUUAACCUUCCAUAUAGGGAGAUUUCAGAUGGUCAAAACACGCUUCUUCAUGUAGUCAUGUAAGGUGAACAGAAAUAUCCCCAACUCCUGAGGGCUGUGUGUCGGCCUAAUGCCCUUUCAGAGGCCAAGGAAUUGAAUAUCCCAAUGAAUUGUCUCUAUAAUCCCUCCCUCCUGGAUUUGGCUUUUUUUCCUGCAUCUUCCAGUUCUUGAUUUUUAGAAUUCCAGCUACAGGGAAGACUGAUCUAUGGUGGUGCUGUGUUUGGAGGAUCUCCAAAUCAGAUACCCUGUCCUUGUACACUCAGCCUUACAUUUCCGGAGGAGACAGGGAACUUCUUCCCUACUUGAGGGAGCCUGUGGCUAAGUUUCUUAGGACUAGUACAGUCUGGCUGAACUUUGUAGUGUGAAACACACUUUACUUCCUUUUAGUGAAAACCAGGAGGAAAACUGUCUUACAUGGAGAGAUUUCCUGGCUUCUCAGGGAACGGGGACAAGGUGAGCUAUCACUACCCUGUUUCUCUCUACAUCGUCCCUUUCCAAAUUGAUGAGGAUCUCUGAUCCCUAGUCACGCACUGCCACACAGGCAGUGAAGAAAGAGAAUUUGGGUAAUUCUUGUAAGAAUUCAUAGGAAUGUGGCAAAAUCACCUAGAGAAAGCUAAAGACAAUUGACUCUUUCUGGUGCAAAGAAUGGUUGUGACCUAGUUCCCAAGGUGUCUUUCCUUUCCUGCUGUUCUAGGUAAGCCACAAUGGGUUUUAAUCUCUGCUUGCUAUAAAUUCGUGUGGUUAGGAAGGGAGAGCAGUGGUUUUCCUCCUGUCUACCUUCAUGAAGAUCAGGAACUGCGGAGCAUUUCACACAGAUAAAAUCAGUGUAGUCCAAAGGAGCUGUGAAGGGGGCAUUAUGAAAAUCAAAGGAUUCUUCUUGGCUGUUGGGCAGCUGUUGGCCUCCAUGCAGCUCCAGAACCUGUAAGUGUGCUGCUACAUGGGAACUCAGUGCCCGGCAGCCAUCUUCAUCCAUUAAGCCAGUUCUCUCCUCAGCUUUAUCCUCAUGAACUGUAGUGUCCAGGCCCCUAGCCAACUGCUGUGUGCCCAGAUUAGAAUUAGAAGGCUGAAUUAGAAGGCUGGCUUCCUGCCUUAUCAUACAGAAGAAAUGCUAGGACUAACCAAGGAUCCCUUUGCUUUUAACUGUAUAGAAAAUUCUGUUGCCCCUUUUGUCGCUUCCAGUGACCUAUUUUCCAAGCAUGGAUUGAGUCUUUCCUAGGGAGAAAACCAAAGGGGUUAGCUGGAGCCCUUUAUAUUUAUUCUAGUCCACUGUGGUGAGUCUGCAGGUAUCACAUUCCCAGUCCACCCUUGGGGGUGGCUUGGGGGUGGAGGGUGGCUGUGGGCAAGGUUUUGCUUGCUACGCAGUACACAUGAUACAUGGCCUAUAACUGUGAUUCUUUGUGCUGUGAUGAGUUACACUAAACUGACCCUAAAGAAUGCAGUGGCUCUUUAACUGCAGUUACUGUGUUUUUAAUGAAGCAGUACCCAAAGUUGUUCUUCUGGAGCAGUUGUGGGGAGGUUGAAUGAGAGG